GCGCGCCGGAUUUACAUCCGGGGCGGUGCGGCUGUUGCGCGGAGACGGCGCCAUGGAGGCCGCGGCCGAGCGGAAGAGACAGCGGGAGGAGGCGGCGGAGACGUCCGACCUCUCCGGGGAGGAAGAUGACGACUACGUGCCCUACGUGCCCGUUAAGCAGCGCAAGCAGCAGAUGUUGCAGAAGCUGCUGCAGAUGCGGCGGAAGGUGGUGUCGGAGGAGGAGCAGCGCGACAGCGGGAGCGAGCAGCGGGGUGAUGAGGAUGACAUCCCCCUGGGGCCCCAGUCCAACAUCAGCCUCCUGGACCAGCACCAGCACCUCAAGGAGAAGGCGGAAGCUCGGAAGGAGUCAGCCAAGGAGAAGCAGCUGAAGGAGGAAGAGAAGAUCCUGGAGAGCGUGGCAGAGGGCCGAGCUUUGAUGUCAGUGAAAGAGAUGGCAAAGGGCAUCACCUACGAUGAUCCGAUUAAAACCAGCUGGAGAGCGCCUCGGUACAUCCUGGGCAUGUCGGAGGCACGGCACGAUCGUGUGCGGAAGAAGUACCACAUCCUGGUGGAGGGGGAAGGCAUCCCGCCCCCCAUCAAGAGCUUCAAGGAGAUGAAGUUCCCAGCAGCUAUCCUGAGGGGCCUGAAGAAAAAAGGGAUCCAGCAGCCAACACCCAUACAGAUCCAAGGCAUCCCCACGAUCCUCUCGGGAAGGGACAUGAUUGGCAUUGCGUUCACUGGCUCUGGGAAGACCUUGGUGUUCACUCUCCCAGUGAUCAUGUUCUGCCUGGAGCAGGAGAAAAGGCUGCCAUUUUCCAAGCGAGAGGGACCCUACGGACUCAUCAUCUGUCCCUCGCGGGAGCUGGCCCGGCAGACCCACGGCAUCAUUGAGUACUACUGCCGCCUGCUGCAGGAGGACGGCCUGCCCCCGCUGCGCUGCGCCCUCUGCAUCGGGGGCAUGUCUGUCAAGGAGCAGAUGGAGACAAUCAAACAUGGUGUACACAUGAUGGUGGCAACCCCUGGCCGCCUGAUGGACCUGCUGCAGAAGAAGAUGGUGAGCCUGGACAUCUGCCGUUACUUGGCCUUGGAUGAGGCUGACAGGAUGAUUGAUAUGGGCUUUGAGGGGGACAUCCGUACCAUCUUCUCCUACUUCAAGGGCCAGCGGCAGACCCUCCUCUUCAGUGCCACAAUGCCCAAGAAGAUACAGAACUUUGCCAAGAGUGCCCUGGUGAAGCCCAUCACCAUUAAUGUUGGGCGAGCGGGUGCUGCCAGCCUGGACGUUGUGCAGGAGGUGGAGUAUGUGAAAGAGGAGGCCAAGAUGGUGUACCUCCUUGAGUGCCUGCAGAAGACUCCGCCACCUGUGCUGAUCUUUGCGGAGAAGAAGGCAGAUGUCGAUGCGAUCCACGAGUACCUGCUGCUUAAGGGUGUGGAAGCUGUGGCCAUCCAUGGAGGCAAAGAUCAGGAGGAACGGACCAAAGCCAUUGAGGCCUUCCGGGAUGGGAAGAAGGAUGUCCUGGUUGCUACUGACGUUGCUUCCAAGGGCCUGGACUUCCCAGCCAUCCAGCACGUCAUCAACUACGACAUGCCGGAGGAGAUCGAGAACUACGUUCACCGUAUUGGGCGUACAGGCCGUUCGGGCAACACUGGCAUCGCCACCACCUUCAUCAACAAAGCCUGCGAUGAGUCGGUGCUGAUGGACCUGAAGGCCCUGCUCCUGGAGGCGAAGCAGAAGGUGCCACCUGUGCUCCAGGUGCUGCACUGCGGGGACGAGACCAUGCUGGACAUCGGAGGCGAGCGGGGCUGCGCCUUCUGCGGCGGCCUGGGCCAUCGCAUCACUGACUGCCCCAAGCUGGAGGCGAUGCAGACCAAGCAAGUCAGCAACAUCGGCCGCAAGGACUACCUGGCCCACAGCUCUAUGGACUUCUAGCCUGGGGAGCGUGCUGCCCCGUGCUCCCCCUGCGCCGGCCUCGGUUCCCUUCCAGCCGGGGCAGCACCCCAGCUGCCCUCACCUUUCCCAAGCCCAGGGGCCUCUCCCACACUGCUGUGGCCCCUUUUCCAGGCAUUUGGCCACUGGGGCUGUUGCCAGUUCAGCCCGCGAAGCUCCUGGCCCGGGAGGAAAUGUGUGGAGCUGUGCUGUAACAGCCCAUUAUGGCAGCAGCAAGUCGGGCAAGCAGGUAGCGAUGCCUGAGGGGAGGAGGAAGCCCCAGGUGCAGUGGCUGCUCUGUGGCCAGCUGCCUGCUGCCCCUACCAGCCCCCUGCAUUGGUGUGGCCAGGGUCUUGCAUCGCUCCCAGGCAAAGCCCCUCGAUCCCUCCAGGACCAUCCCCCUUACCGGGUUUUGUGCCUCCUCAGCUGGUGGCUGUUCCCGUGUCCCCCAAACGCUCUGAUGCAGGCGGCGCGUGCUGCGCUCCUGGCGGGCAGUCCCCUCGGUGCUUCCUGUGCUCUGCCUGCGCGCGUUCUGCCCCACUGCCCCUCUGCGAGGGGGAGGGCGGACAGACGGACACCUCCUGUGGCCCAGCCUC